AUGUGUAUUACUUUAUGUAGUUUCAAAACAUCAAUAUUGGCACAGUUAGAUGGCGAUUUUGAAGGCGAUCUACACAGAAAGCUGAUUGAUGUAACUACGCAAGAAAUUGAAAAUAUUUGGCAGGAGAUGAACAUUUCUCUUCAAGAUUCAACAACAUUUUGUUGGGAAGAAUCUUCGUGGGAUAAAAUUAUAACAUCGUUAGCUGAAGUUACAAACGAGAUAUUUCAAAAACAUAAUAUACUGGAGAAGAGUAUUUCAGAAGUCUCAUUUCUGCAAGACAGACUACGGAAUGCUUUUAGGGAUAAAAUAUCUAUGUAUAUCAGUGCAUUUUGUGAUGCUCAGAAGUGUCACUCCGGUAGAACACUUAAACUCCAUACUAAUGACAAACCUUCUGUUGAAAAUGCUAGCACUUCAGAAUAUCAAGAGAUAUUUUCUCAGCAUAACAUAAAAAGCUCGAAUGAAAUUUCUGAGGAUUCUUUGCAUGGUAUUAAAAAUGAACAUUUACAAAUUGACACAUCAAAUGAUCCAUCACACUCCGAUCUAUUGAAACAAAUUCAGGCGGAACCUGUUAUUCAUAAAAAUCAACAACCAAGUUUUUUGACCAAGUUAUUUGGAAACAAGAUGGUAUUAACUCCUGAUGUGAGGCCAACAGACAGACAUUGUAUAUCUGAAAUUUUAUUGAAGGCUAUGGGUCCAUUAUGGAAUGAUUUUACGGAAGAAAUUGAUGAAGAGACUAGUAUGGAGUUAGACAAGAAUUUGCCUACCGUUGAUGAAAAUGCGAAAAUCUUUUCAAAUCUUGUAAAGACUAUUUCGAAACCUUUCAAUGAAAUGAAAUUUAUUACCAACGUUGAAGAGUUGAAGUUCAAUGAAAUACCAGUUCCUGAUACAAUAGAUUUAAAAUCUAUUUAUGAGGUAAUCCAUCAAUUAUCAAGCAACAUCGAUAAGAAUUAUAAUUCUAAAUCUUUACAAAUGAAAUUUUCUCAAUCUUAUCUAAUGGAUAAAUCAAAAUGGAUUUUACCAUUUCUUAAACUGUAUGAUGAUGACGAUGAAAGUAGAUUUCGAAGACAAGGGAAAUUGCCAAGAAGUAAACUUGAUGAUCUAUUUCAUCAAGAAAUGGAGAAACAUAAUCGAUGUGAUAUGAAAAAAGGAUGCUUAAUUAAAAUUGACGAUUCUAGUAAAAAAUAUGAUGAAAUUUUAGAAGAAUUAAAAAGUGAAGAACAAAAAUUGAAUAAAUUAAAGUUACAGUCAUUUAACAGUCAAUACAAACUGAAUGAGAUUGUAUUAUGGAAUACAGGAAAUGAUAUGGUGAUUGAUGAUAAGAAUAGUAAAUAUGAACUUUUAAAGAAGUGUGAAGCAAAAAUUAAUUCUUUGAAGUUAGCCUUGCUGAAUACUACCGCUAAUUCACCACUUUGCAUUGUUUACAAAGCUGGAAAAGAUAAGGAGGAUUAUUACAAAAUGGACAAAUUAAUGAAUACAUUUCAAGCAAGAUUUUUUACUGUAUGGGAAAAGCUUAAACUUUCUAAAAAUAAUAGACAACACUGUCUAAUACACUUUUCUUUGAAAAAUUCUAGUGAAUUUAUUUAUAUACAGACUAUUAAUAAAGCAUUGAAAUUAUUAGAACAAGCAGCAGAAUAUAUUGAAAAUCGUGAAAUGUUAUUGUUUAAGUUAGCGAAAAUUGACAUUGAAUAUUUAAAUCUAUCAAAAUAUACACGUUCAAACACUAAUCUCUCGGAAUUAACGUGUUCAAACGAACGUUCUAAAAUAGAAAAGAGUAUUAAACAGUUAGAGAAACUGAUUGAAUCGACCGCUAAACGUUUGAAAACAGAAUUCAAUUAUACACUAACCUUUGAUUAGUAUCCUAAUAUAUGAACAAAUGCAAGAAGGAAGACGUUUGGAGAAUAAAAUGAGCUGAUUUUAUUUCACAGUCUUUCAUCAGCUGUAACCAGUCUUCAGGUGAAAUGAAUUAUUGGUAGUAAUAAUGACAUAACAUACUUUAAAUGUGUAGAAAUCUAGGAUUAACAUGAA